GUCACCAAUCUUACAUCCAAAACCAAAAGCAAAUAUGGCAAAGUCUCUUCUCAUCAUAAUGCUCCUAUCCAUAGUAAUUUUUUUCAUGGCUCGUCCAAUUUAUUCCCAAAAAAUUGAUCCAUAUUCACAAGGGAUACCAGAAGAAGCAGACAUAUCUCCAACUCCAUUGGAAGUAGCUGAUUCACCUACAACGGAAUCUGAGAUAGAGCUUGCUCACCAUUUGCAUAAAGACUAUAUUCUUGCUUGCCCUAAAAAGCCGAGUCCCAAAUGCGAAGAUGAGAUUUUCAACAACAUGUUGGAUGAGACGACGCCAGUGACAGAUGAAUGUUGUCGUGAUGUUUUGAAUACUGGCAAAGAUUGCCAUCUCGCAAUGGUAAAAAUCAUAUUCUCUACAUAUGACUAUAAAAAUAUUGCAUCUAAGGCUAUUCCAAAAAGUAAACAGGCAUGGAACGAUUGUAUCCGUAGAGUUGGCAACACGAUUGGUGCUCCGGUCUCUUUCGAGCCGUAAACUAAUAUUCUCACGUGCCAAUGUAUCUAUGCGUUUUUGUAAUUUGAUUGUCACCAUUAUAAAAUAGUAACCAUUUU